UCCAACGACCCUAAAACCUCGACAUCUCCUCUCUCUCCUUCCUCUCUCUUUCUAGAACGCGCGCAAGAACACGAGAGGCGACUUACAGUCUUGCACCAACCCCCAACUUAAUUACAGGGAGAGGAUACCAUUAUCAUCGAGGUCACUGAGGUCGUGCGAUCUUUAAUUUACCGCUGCGCGCCGUCAUCAUGGAAGGUGGCGGCUCGGCAGAACCAAGGACGGAGAAGGAGGAGGAGAAGGCCGGAGCCGCCGAGAGGAGGGGCGCCGGCGCCGGCGCAGCCAUGAAGUUCCGCGUGUCCGCGCGGGCGCCGCACGGCGUCGAAGCCCUGCUGCUGAUCGGCGGCGCGGCCCUCGUCGGGGCCGCCGUCGUCGCGUGGCGGCACGCGCGCCGCGGCAAGGGCGGCGCCAAGAACCAGCGCGACCGGCAGCCAGUGAAAGAAGAGGUUUUGGAUGGCGGAGUUGUCGAGGAUGAGAAGGGAGGUGCGGCGGCAUGGAAGCUUGAUCGGCCUGAUGAGAAUUUGAGUGGGGAGAACACCAAGAUUGGAUCCUAUGGAUUGGAUGGCGAGGCGACAGCGGAAAUUCGUCACAUUCACAAGGAUGAGAUAGUUGCGGAAGAAUUGGACACCAAGCCUGCCGAAAAAUUUGAUCAGAGUUCAAGCAGGAAACCUGUCGAGAUCAAAACUCACGAUAUGGACAUCAAACCUGCAGAGAAAUUUGAUCAGAAUUCAAGAAGUAAUCCUGUCGAGAUCACCAUGCAUGAGGAGAGUAAAAGUGUGGAGAAGGUUGAUGAAAACUCAAGCAAGAAGGACAUCAAGAACAAGAUAACUCGGAAUGAAAAUGAAGAUGUGGUGACCUCUGAUCAGAGCAACCUUAGCAUCACUGGUCCGGGGAUUGCUCUCCAUAAACAUAGCAACAACAGUGAUGAUGCUCAAGAGGCCGAAUCAAUGGAGAACACACCAACAGCGCAACUGAUGAUACAUCAAGAACAACCCUUAAACGACAUGAUGACAGAUACUGUGACAGAAACAGAAGAAGCAAAACUGGGAGAAGGAACAGAUUCUGUGACAGAAACAGAAGAAGCAAAACUGGGGGAAGGAACAAUCAUAGACAAAGAUGUGUAUAAACAGGAGGAACAGAAGGCAAUUGCAGAGCUGAUUGGGCUUGUCGGCUCACCGGCACUAUCUUCUCUUGUUAAGCCAAGAGAGAAGAAAGAGCCAGCGCUUCAGGGACGGAACGAGACAGGUAUGAAGAUCGAGCAAGACUGCACCAAUGGUGUGCUAAAGGAGCAUGACCUGAGCAAAGCAGGAGCAACGCCGGGAGGAGCCAUCGUGACCAUGGAUCGCAGGAGCGUUUCGAUGGCCAUUGUUGCUCUUAUAUUUGCAGUGACUAUCGGAAUAACAAUAAUCAUGCACUUAUAUGCCCCUCCGCGAGCAACAAAACUUCAGAUGGAUUCGCAGUAAGUUUGCAAGGGUGCAAUGAAGUUCUUUCUGUUGUCAGUGCAAGUGCUGAGGUUCGCAAGGAUCCAUUGGGGCUAAUUUCAGGGCCUAAUGCGCACGGAUGAACGACAUAGGCAGAGUUAAAAGGUACAAGAUGCGAAGAAUUCUACUAUGAGUCACGAAUGAGAUUUUGUAGCCAUUAUAUGAUUUAUACAAAAGUAGUAAUUUGCGAGUACCAACUAUCGAGAAGCACAAUCAAGGCAGAAGAUAAUCGGAUUUCUUCAGGAGUGUUGGUUUUUCUUCUGUAGGGUAUGUUAAUGCUGAGAGCAAAUUGAUAGGGUUACCAAACUAUGUUGAAGUUGGGCUAAGGGUCUGUAAGAAUUUGUAGUUGGGUAUUCCCAACUCUUAAAGUUCUUAGAGUUGAAGCUGGAGAUAAACUGAGGAUAUUUGAGUGAGUCAUUUUAUUCAUAUUUUAUAUAAAAAUGGUAUAAAUCA